GAUACCGAUUCAUAAAACCCUGAAUCCAGCAGGAAGUCUUGUGUUUUUUAGGUAACACAAUCCAACAGGAAGUCGGAGGGUCUUAAAAGGGGCGAACGAUAUUUAUUUGUUGAUACGAAGUUCGCUAAUGACUCGGCCGUUUCAAGUUUUCAAAGUAGCAAGUUGGACUGUCGGAGGGAGCGUGUGGUGUGUUGGUUGGGACCUCGCGAGUCGGCGAUUCCAAUUUCCAGAAGAAGCAGAAGAAGGCAGAACGGACAAGGAAUGGUGGGAGGGUUGGAAACCCUAACGGAGGAUGAAAGACGGGCGUUGCGGGGAAGCAAAUUUGCUCCUCUGCCAUCCCAGCCUCCCCCCUCUCAAUCUCGCCCCAGGCUUUCUCACCCUGGAGGACCUCUGGCAACCAACAAAGCUGCUGCUUUGGCAAAGUUCCUUGAAAGAAAACUCCAGAAACCUGGUGGAUUAGAUUCUAUAAACCCAGAUCUUCUUGAGUUGGCUGUCAAAAAUGCGAAAGACACAGUGAAUGGUGCAAUUCCAAAUUCUGGAAGAAGAAUUCGACAUGUGACUUCUUUUGAUGAUUCUGAGGAUUCUGGUGAGAAAGAUGGAGAAAAUCAAGGUAAAUUAAUAGAAAGUAAGGUGAAGAAACAUAGGAAGAAAAGGAAGAGAGGAAGGAAACAAAAGGAUUCUGCCGAAGAUGGAGAAAAUCAGGAUAAAGGGGAAGGAAGUGAGCAAAAUAAACCUAAGGAGAAGAAAAAGAAAAACAAAGCGCAGAAGAGCUCUGGAAAAAAUAAGAUCGGAAAGAAGUUGAAACCUUAAGUCGUGCUAGAAAAUUUUCCCCCGAUAGCUGAUGGAGAAGUCUUAUACCUAGACAAAAUGAAUUGAUGGAAGAUGAAUCAUAAGAAAGCAAAGCACAUAUGCUUGGUUUCUUGGAGUUAAGACCACAGGAAACUGAAGCUGCUGCUCACUAGCUGAGUUUUUGAACAUUGUUUUAAAUUUUGAAUCUUCUUGGCCCAAGUGAAAAGUGGUCAGAAGAAAGACUGUUCAUGGGGUUUUGCUCUUGUGGUUAAGACGAUUUUGUAUUUGUACCUCAAAAUAUCUAAUUUUUUCCUUCUUCAAAAA